AUGGUUUCAUCAAGCUUCCCGGAUUUCUAUCAUAACGACGAUAAAGAAUCCUUUGCCUUUGAAACUUGUCGUGAAAGAUGGCCAAAGAUCUUGAACGAUUGUAUUGAUGAUAUCAAACUAGCACUUUCCAAAGAUCAAAAAUACGAUGCCUCCCAAGCAGACCAAAUCAUUGACGGUUUCAAUUCUCUCAUCAAAAAUAUGGCAAAUGGUGAUAAAUUGACAGACUUCCCUCCGGAGAUCAUCACCCUCAUUCCAAAUUUACAAUCUUUCAAUGAUUCCUUGGCAAAAUUCGCAACUGAAGGUGAGAAAUUGACCUGGUUGACUGCCCCAUGGUUAUUUACCGAGUGUUACUUGUAUAGAAGAAUCGAUGCAUUGAUCAAGCUACAACCAUCUUGGAAGGAUUUUGAUAUUUUCGAAGAUAAAAAGCAAAAAAGUUUCCAAUCCACUGCUCCUGCAGUUUACGAACUCGCUAAAAGAUACCAAAGCUUGCACCAAGAAAGUUUUUCCAGUGGCGAAAAACUCAAUGAUCAAGCUUUGAAAUCGUUGUUCAAAGAAUUCAUCGAUGUCUGUCUCUGGGGUAACAAGAUUGAUUUAUCCUUAUUGGCUAACAAAUCCCAAGACGAAGUCCACGCUGGUCAAACUGCUGAAAAACGUAUCGAGGCGGAAAAAAACAUCAUUUCCAAUGAUACUAACCAGGUCUGGGACUAUUUGGUCAAACUCGAUCAAGGUAGAACCCAUGCCAAAAGAAUGGAUUUUGUCUUAGACAACUCUGGGUUUGAAACUUUUACAGAUCUUAUUUUCUCGUUGUUCUUGCUCGAUGCUCAAAUCACCGAAACCGUGGUUAUUCACUGUAAGACCCGUCCUUGGAUGGUCAGUGAUACUAUGAUCAAGGAUAUCGACAUUCUUUUGGAUGAUCUUGUUGAUCAAUCAUUUUUCCCAGAAUCGGGCGCCGCAUUACAAUUCAUCCAUAGCAAGCUUGAAACUUACAUAAAACAAGGAAACAUCAAGCUCACUGAUUCAGAGUUCUGGACCAUUGACCUUGAUUAUUGGCACAUUGAUGGUGGCGAUGCUUCUCAAUUGGCAUCGUCUCUUUAUGGUGAUUUGAUCAAAUCUGACUUGAUCUUCAUUAAAGGGGACUUGAAUUACCGUAAAACCACUGCCGAUAGAAAAUGGGACAAGACCACGCCUUUCGUAAAUGCCAUCGGGGCAUUGUCCUCCAAUGGUUUGAAGAUUGUGAGUUUGAGAACUUGUAAAGCCGAUGUCUGUGUUGGGUUGCCUCGAGGUUUGGAUGAGAAAUUGUCUGAAGAAUGGCACAAAUCUACCGGCGAAAUCGGGGGAUUAUGGUGUAGCAGUGGUAAUUGGGCUGUUAUUUCAUUCAGUGAAGGUAAUGCUAAAUGA